AUGCAGUGGUGGCAGCAGCAAUGGCAGCAACAGCAGCAAAAGCAGCAACAGCAGCAGCAGCAACAGCAGCAGCAGCAACAGCAGCAACAGCAACAGCAACAGCAGCAGCAACAGCAGCAGCAGCGGCAGCAACAGCAGCAGCAGCUGCUGCUGCGGAAGUCAAAGGAUGCCUGCGCCCAAAUGCGUAUUUGCUGCCUGUGGUGGCUUCUAGUCGGAGCAGUUUGGCUGUGGUGCUGCUGCUUCUGUUGCUGUUUCCGCUUGUCUGCUUCGAGGAUCGCAGGGGACAUUCCAGCAGCAGCAGCAGCAGCUGCUGCAACACCAGCAGCAGAAGCAGCAGCAAGCUACGCCUCCCGCAACGCGUGGAGUGAUCCUCCAGUAGAGUGGUUCAACUCUGAGGCCGCAAACCAGCAGCAGCAGCAGCAGCAACAGCAGCAGCAGCAACAGCAUGAGAAGCUUCAAGACGCGCUGAAGGCUCCCUGUCACAAGGAUCAGGCUGCAGGGCUGAAGCAGCAGCACCAGCAGCUGCAGCGGCAGCAGCAGCAGCUGCAUUCGUUAGAUAGCUCUAGUGUUCGUUAUUUGCUGCUGCAGUGCAGCACGGUUUUGUCUAUUGAUGUGGGGGCAGCAAAAACAGGCAUUGCUGCUGCUGUGCGGCGGCAUCAGUUGAGGCACGCGGGGGCAGCAGCAGCUGCCGGUGCUGCUGCGCUGCACUUCCCACUGCAGCAGCAGCAGCAGCAGCAGCAGUUGCUGCUGCAGCAGGAAGCUGCAGUAGCACAAGAGUCCCUCCUUUUGCAUACUGAUAUCUCGCGCAUGUUUACUGUCUCCCCUCUAAAGGUGCUGACGCAUGGCCGGGGCCUCCCUUCGUUGCUGCAGCUGCUGCAGCAGCAUCUGCUGCUGCAGCCAGCAGAUGUGCUGCUCCUGGGGCUUCCUCUAAACCCCUGUCUCCCUCCCCACUUGCGCUUCCAAACUCGUCGGGUGUCUCGCCACCUCUCUUUGGGGUGGAAACUGCAGCAACAGGCAGCAGCAGCAGCAGCAGCAGCAGCAGGAACAGCAGCAGCAGCAGGAACAGCAGCAGCAGCAGCAGCAGCAGUUCCUGUUUUAUUUGUAGAUGAGAGUUAUAGUACCUGGCGAGCACGGAAGAGACACCGAAAGGAAGAAGGAGGUAAGGCGCCCCCUCGGCGUUUGUUGCACUCUGCUGCUGCAUGCGAAAUGCUACGGGAGCUGUUAGCUGCAGCAGAUGCCUCAAGCCCCACAGGUAGAGUGCUGCAGCUAGGGGCCCCUACCCGAUCAUUGGGGGCCCCCACCAGUCCUGUGGGCGCUCUUACGGGUCUCUAG